AUGGCGCCGGGGAAGCGAAAACCUCGUCGGAGAGGACCGAAUGAAACAUCUGAAUUAGACCCGCCAGAUUCUUCACCAACAGGGCCUUCUGCGAAAAAGAGAAGAACCAACGGGACUCGUGUGUCUCAGAGGCAGCCCAGGAUCUCACCAGAGCCAAUUCUUCCAAACGACCAGUCCGAUAUUUCCACAGGCGAAGGUGAAAAUGUGGGCGACAAAGACCUCAUUGAUUCAGUCAUCUCAUAUCUUCAAGUCGCGUCUCAUCCGGUGGCGGUAGUGAGCGAUCAUGCCAACGAAAAGAUCGACGAAGAAAAAAAGGUGACAGCAUACGCAAAGAUAGCCGGGAGAGACUGGACGUACUUCGUGCUUGGACAGAAUGUCAACAUAGGGAGACCUCCUGACAAGGAUGCUGAUGCGCCACCUAUAGCUCCGUCGAGCCCUCUGGCGGACAUGAAAGACUCCUUACCUAUUCAUAUCGAUCUAGGACCCAGCAAAUACGUGUCGCGACAUCAUGCUUGUGUCUUUUAUGACGCCGAUUAUCCUGAAAAUGGAGGAUGGCAUCUAAGGGUUGACGGAAGGAAUGGUGUUAGGGUCAACCAUAAUCUGCUUAAGCGUGGUGAGAGUCAUCAGCUUACUUCAGGAGACAUUAUGGAGAUCGCGGGCACACAGAUGAUGUGGGUCACCCCGGGUGACAAAGCCAUCAUCGAGCCAUCUUUUGUCGAGAAAGCUAAAAUGGCGGCUUCGGGUGGUGAGGAUUGGGCUGCAUCACAGCAUGCUCAUCCUCCGGCUCAGUCUACCAACCUUCCAGCUGGAAGCCUCUACCCCAUGACUGCCAAUCACCAACCAUUGGCGCCGGCUCCUCCAUACUUCAAAAGAGCGGUAACUCCCCCACCGACACAGAAGGACGGUCGAGGACAGAGAGGUGUCUUUGAUAGCAGGCCACCUCAAUCGCCAAUGUACAACCGAGGAAUGAUGAUGGAGAGCACUCAAGAUAUCGACUACAGCCAGGACGCGGCUAAGGAUUUGAAGCCGCCAUUCAGUUAUGCUACAAUGAUUGCGCAGGCCAUCUUUUCGAAUGAGGAGGAAAAGUUGACUUUAAGCAACAUAUACGCCUGGAUUUCAGAUAAAUAUGCUUUCUAUCGUCACUCAAAUAGUGGCUGGCAAAACUCUAUUCGCCAUAACCUUUCUUUGAACAAAGCUUUUCAGAAAGUCCCACGCCGCACAGACGAACCUGGCAAAGGCAUGAAGUGGCAGAUUGCACCAGAGUUUCGACAAGAAUACCUCAGGAAGCAGGCCAAGAAGGGGUUUCCGUCAUCUUCAUCUGCGCCAACUUCACCUGCAGCUCCAGGAUCCUCCAAAGGUGUAGCGCCUGAAUUUCGAGGUGCAAAUGGCCAGAAUCUUGGUUACGAUAGUAGCUAUGUCUCGCAAUUUCCCGCUGUCAACACAAAUCAACAGGUCCAUGCAAUGACCCCCGAACGUCGACCACGAACAAAUACACAAACCACUGCACCAGACCCUGACCUUGACACCAUCGACUCUCCUCUCCCGCUUCGUCAUAACACUGUAGUGUCACCACCCAAGCAACCACAUUACAGCCUUCCUCCCACAAUAUCCAUGUCACAUCCACAACAGUCUCAGCACUCUCCAUCUAGGACCGCAAGCAACAAUGAAGCACACCCACCAAGCAAUCCUACUUUAUCCUCUUCCUAUCUCGAUACUCCAUUUCACCCAAACCACACCAAUAUUAUCACUCCAGCCCCCCGCAAACUGCAAAAUAUUCGUCUUGCCCCUCCGUCCACUUUGGUCGCCCCGAGUAAAUUCAUGCCGCCCGACUCCAGUCCCGCAGGUCCUCACGGUAUCUUCUGGCGUGGGCUCAUGUCAUCUGGUGGACCGGCAUUUCUAGGCAGCACGCCUGCUGGCCCCACUGUUCUUGAUAUGAGUCCUGUCAAGCAUCAUCAAUCUGGUGGUGGGGAUGGUGAUGUAGACGACGACAGAGACGUGAUGAGCUCGAGUCCACCGCCUAUGGACGGACCCGGCGCGAGUCCGAGUAAAAGGAUCUCAAAUUCUGCCACAAGACUCGGUAGUGGUGGUAUUAUAGGUGCUGGAGGAGUGAAGCGCGAGCACGAGGCCAGUAUGAACACGAACAUAAAUAGCGACAGUGUGAAUGGUCUUGGUAUCGCCAGUACUAGUCAUAGUGGUCAUCACAUUAUAGGCGCAGACCACGAAUACCUUGACAACGACAGAGAAGAUGAUGACGAAGGAGAAAUCGGGGGUGCCGGGGUUGGAGUUGGAUUCGAUCUCGCCAAGGGUUUUCAACCAAUUGGCAGUUUCAAUUCUUUGUCGAGCUUCAGUCAGCCGAGACAGCAACAGCAACAGCAGCAGCGGCGGCGGCGGCAGCAAUCGCUGCAGGGGCAGUCACAGGGGUUUACGCAGCGGCAGGAAAGCCAUAUCGGGGCCGGGAGUGGUGCGGCAGCGGCUGCAAGAGCGAGUUCUUGA